UCACGAGGUAGGCAGGGAGGGAGGGAGCGAGGCGGGCGCGUUCCAACUGCCUAUGUUGUCUCGCGCUUCGGUGCCUGCGCUCUCGCCGGCAAACUUGGCGCAUGCGCCUCAGUGGCACCCCGGGUCGGUCUCUGAGGAGAGUUCAGGCAGGAGGGAGAGAAGGAGUGCUAAGAGUCCGGCUGCGAAGGGAAGGAAGGCGGCGUGUCUCGGAGACCGUUUCCUCCUUCGGACCGAGGCCUCGCGAUGGUGAUGGCGUACUUCGUGGAGAGUUUCUGGGGGGAAAGAAACAAUGGCUUUGAUGUUCUCUAUCAUAACAUGAAACACGGACAUGUAUCUACAAAAGAACUAGCAGAUUUUAUAAGAGAAAGGGCUGCAAUAGAAGAAACAUAUUCAAGAUCAAUGACAAAACUAGCCAAAUCAGCAAGUAAUUAUUCACAAAUUGGGACAUUUUCACCAGUAUGGGAAGUUUUCAAAUCAUCAACAGAAAAAUUAGCAAGCUGCCACUUAGAACUGGUUCGGAAGUUGCAGGAACUAAUUAAAGAAGUACAGAAGUAUGGAGAUGAACAAAUCAAAGCUCAUAAAAAGACUAAAGAAGAAGUUUCAGGGACUCUGGAAGCAGUGCAAACCAUUCAGAGUAUUACUCAGGCUCUCCAAAAAGCAAAAGAAAACUACAAUUCAAAAUGUGUGGAACAAGAGCGUUUGAAAAAGGAAGGUGCAACACAGAGAGAAAUAGACAAGGCAGCAGUAAAAUCCAAGAAAGCUACUGAUGCUUACAGACUUUAUGUAGAAAAGUAUGCUGCAGCAAAAUCUGAUUUUGAACACAAAAUGACUGAAACUGCACAGAAAUUUCAAGAUAUUGAAGAAAUGCAUCUCCUCCACAUGAAAGAAAUAAUAGAAUGUUUUUCAAAUACAGUAAAAGAAGUUCAUGUACAAAUUGGUGAGGUCCAUGAAGAAUUUAUCAACAACAUGACAAAUACAACAGUUGAAAGUUUGGUACAAAAAUUUGCUGAAUCAAAAGGCACUGGCAAAGAGAGACCUGGGCUGAUUGAAUUUGAAGAAUGUAAUACAGCUAGUGCUGUUGAAGGAAUAAAGCCUAGAAAAAGAAAGCAUUUUGGAUUACCAGGAAUUAUUAAGAAGGAAAAAGAUACAGAAUCUGUGGAGUGUCCAGAUGCAGAUUCAGUAAACAUUCCAGAUGUGGAUGAUGAAGGCUAUAGCAUUAAGCCAGAAGCUAGUCAGAAUGCCAAAGAAAACCACUUCUAUUCGUCAAGUGAUUCCGAUUCUGAAGAUGACGAACCAAGGAAGUUCCAUGUGGAAAUUAAACCUGUACAGCCAAACAAUAGUUCUCAUUAUACAAUGCCUUCACUGGAUGAAUUAAAGGAAUCAAUAGGAAAUAUAACACUGUCGCCAGCUAUAUCUAGACAUAGUCCAGCACAGAUGAACCGGAACUCAUCUAGUGAAGAAUUAACAAAAUCAAAGCUUUCUGCUCCAUCCAACGAGAAGGGGAACAAUGACCUCCUGGCCUGGGAUCCACUCUUUAGAAAUUCUGGUGACUCUUCCUCCCUUGCUUCAACAAUGUCUUCAUCCUCAUCAGCCCAAUCCAUUUCUCUGCAAAAAAGUUCUUCGUCUUCUUGUAUUCUGCAAAAAGAUAAUUCAGCAAAUACCAUCAGUACCUCAGCAAGACCAACGACUCCUCUUUCUGUAGGUACUUUGGUGCCUCCUCCCAGACCAGCUUCCAGACCAAAGUUGACUACAGCAAAACUUAGUGGAAUUAAUGAAAUUCCAAGGCCAUUUAGCCCUCCCCUUACCUCCAGUUCCAGCCCACCUCCAUCAGCUCCUUUGGCACGUGCAGAAAGCUCCUCUUCAAUAUCAUCCUCUGCUUCCAUGAGUGCAGCAAAUACACCCACAAUAGGAAUUUCACGUGGUCCUAGUCCUGUCAGUCUUGGAAACCAGGAUUUGCUGCCUGUCGCAGUAGCCCUGACCGAGUCCGUUAAUGCCUACUUCAAAGGAGCAGAUCCCACAAAAUGUAUUGUGAAGAUCACUGGUGAUAUGACAGUCUCAUUCCCAAGUGGGAUUAUUAAAGUUUUCACCAGCAAUCCAUCCCCUGCUGUGCUCUGUUUCAGGGUAAAAAACACAAGCAAACUAGAGCAGAUUCUUCCAAAUGCCCAACUUGUAUACAGUGAUCCAUCACAAAGUGAUUCCAAUGCAAGGGAUUUUUGGAUGGAUAUGCAAGCUGUCACAGUCUACCUCAAGAAACUAUCAGAACAGAAUCCCUCUGCUUCUUACUAUAAUGUGGAUGUCCUGAAGUAUCAGGUAUCUUCAAAUGGCAUCCAGUCUACACCUUUGAAUCUCGCCACAUACUGGAAGUGCAAUGCAAACACUACUGAUGUAAGAGUUGAUUACAAAUACAACCCGGCAUCUAUGGCAGCACCAAGUAUGUUGUCUAAUAUACAGGUCGUGGUACCAGUUGAUGGAGGUGUAAUGAAUAUGCAGUCGCUUCCUGCAGCAAAAUGGAAUUCAGAACAGAUGAAAGCAUUUUGGAAAUUAUCUGGUAUUUCAGAAAAAUCAGAAAAUGGAGGUUCUGGUUCCCUCAGAGCGAAAUUUGACCUUUCCGAAGGACCCAGUAAACCAUCAACACUUGUAGUGCAAUUUAUCAGUGAGGGAAGCACUCUUUCAGGAGUAGAUGUUGAAUUAGUAGGCACUGGCUAUCGACUUUCCUUAAUAAAGAAGAGGUUUGCCACUGGACGAUAUAUGGCAGACUGGUGAAGAGCCUGUGAAGAAUUUUUUUCCAAUGAAUAGAAACUCAUUCUUUUACUACCUUUCCAACACUAUUUUAACAUGCAUUAAUUUUUGAAAAUAUGUUGCUUAAUUUUUAUACCCAACAAAAAUGCACUUUUUAAAAACACAUAAUUUAAAAAUACUCUAUUUCAUAAUAGCACUGAAGAAAACUCAAACACUAUCUGUAGAAGACGGGCUACAUCAUUGGGAAACAAGAUUAUUCAGAUGCAUAGUAUUCUUGUAGUGUCUGAGCCAAAAUAAAAGUAAUUUGUGGUAUUUAAAACAUGAGGUGCUUUAUGAUUCUGUAGACAACCGCAGCAUAUAGUUUAGCUUUCUAUAAAUACUGAAGUAUAUUUUUUUCCAGUUUCCAUUAUUGCCAUUCCAUAUACAAAAAAGUGGCAGAGUAAUUUUUGUUUCACUCUUCUGUAUUUAUGUGCCAUAUCUUGUUACAGAUAUAUAUAUAAAUAACUUGAUCUCCAUAUAUCGUAUAUAAUUAAAUGUACAUUGUUUUAUAAAAUAUUGUUUUAAAAAUGUAAAGUGCAAUUUUUUUAAAAAAAUGCAAGAGACAACAGAGAUAUUUGCUUCUACCAUUAGUUAACUUUAUGGGAGUUGUAAUUUUAAUUAAUGCUGUAGAUUUAAUUUAUUUUUAUAUGGAAUGUGUAACUUUUGUGCCUUUUAAAACUGUGCCUGCCAAACUGUUUAUGUGCCUCUCAUUUCUUCUUGCAGUUUCAAGAUCUUCCACUCAGAAAAUUUUGUUUUUUCCCUUUAGCAUGUGGAGCUAGAUAAAUCCCUGGAAAGGAUUUAGAAGGGACAUUGUAAUAACUACAAAAACGAUCUUUUAAAAUAUUAAAUAACUUCCUUUGUGGGUUAAUAGCAAUAAAUGCAGCCACUGUAAAGGGAAGAGCUUUGCUUUGAUAGAAUCACAGGAAAAAAAAAACACUUUUUUAGCAAAAAUUUAAUUGCAGUAUCACCAAAGAUGUGUAAAAUCUUAAAGGUGUAAAACAAUAAUUUGUGUAACAACAUUUGUAGAAUUUUCCUUUGCUGACUGUAGUUUUGGUAUUUUAAGUGCUUUCAAACAUAUAUGAAUGUAACAUUUGUUCUUUGGGAGUAACAUCUGUUAAAGGUUUGGGCAGAACAAAAAUCACUUUAAAUUUAACAACAAUAAAUUAAUGAUUAGAAUGUUUGGAUUCAUCUGUAGCCUCUUUGUCGAAUUGUAAACACAGUGACCCAUUGGAAUAAUUAUGAAUACCAAUUGCUAUAUAUUAGAGCUUAUGAUGUAUUAAUCUUAGGACCUCAUUAAACACUUAAAAUCAAAUUAUAAAGCCAACAACUGUAUAAAAGUGAGAUCUCUGAAUUCCAAUUUAUAAGUAAGGCAUGUAAUAAAAGUAAUAAUUGUAAGACCCUUGUUAAAUCAGUAAUGGACUCAUCAGUCAAUUAUAUAUUAUAUAUAUAGAAUCCCUCUGGUGAAUGUUAGCACAGUAAAAAGGCUGUGUUGUGUUCUAUUUAUUUUAAAAAGAAUGUAUUGGACUGAAUAUCCCCUGGCUCUCUUUUGUAGGAUUAUAUGGAACAUCAGAAAGUAAGACUUUGAGACAGGUUUAAUUGAAAUAUUUUGGAGUGGGGUUAUGAGCCUAACCUUCAAGGGUAGGUUGCUGAUGCUUUUCUCAAAAACGAAAGAAGACGAAUCAGUGUUUUGGCACCACAUCAAUUGGCCUUGUAGUUUCUUUGAGCAGUCUUAGGUCCAGAAUGACUUAUUAGAACAAUGCUUCAUCAUGACAAUUAUUCCUGAAAGUAUUUUUGGGGAUAAAAAGAUUAUCCCCUUUAGACCAAUGACAAAAGUUUUUUUCUGUUUUAAAGGGAAGGGAUAAGCUUAUACCACCUUGUUUUUAAUGGCAAAUCCAUCUCCCAACUAUAAAUUUUUAAAGAUCACCCCAAAUAUUUUAAUCUAAUUUGGGUGAUAUUUUGGGUACCCUAAAAUGCACCCAAUAUUUAAAAAGUUUGGGGUUGAAUAUUUCAAUCCAGUACCAAUUUACUGGAUAACUGAUUGUAACUGUUUGUAAGAUUGCAGUUAAAAAUUAGUUUACAUCUUGGUUUUAUUGUCUUAUAAACAUCUUAACUAGAUUUCAUUACAUCCAUAUAUAUUGGAUUUUCAUAUUCUACAAUUUUAGUCUUGAGUUAUUACUAGAACCUUUAACUAGAGGAUUGGCUUUUCAAAUGGUACAAUUUUUGCUGGAAUCUUAAUUGUAAUCUGCCAAUGCAAUAAAAACUGUAUGAACAGUUUAAUACCUUACUAUUGAACAUUUGGACUACAUUAUUCAAUUUAAUUGUGUAUUAUUUCUAAAUUAGUGCAAAUGCUAAUUUUCAGCACUUUUAUCUAGCCUUCAUACCUAGUGUUCUCAAACGUACAUUUACAAAGGGUGCAGGUUACAAUUUUGAAGCCAUAAACUUUUAUAUGGAAUUUUUGUAAAGAAAUCUAAAACCUGUAUAAAAUACAUAUAUCUGAAGAAAAUUGCAUGUUGCAAGCUGGACCUUGCCUGUUUAUAAAAUGAUUUUCUUUGUAGCUGCCUCCUGAGAGAAUGUGUAAACCUGACUUUAAAGGUUGAGAUUUCUAUGAACUGUAAAGUACAGCAAUAUAAAUCUUAGAAAAAUUGUAAAUAUCUUUGAUCUUUCACAAAAUGUAAAAGAAAAAUGCACCCUAUAAUAAACAUGUAAUAUAUAACUUAUAA